UCUUGCAAUGCAACGAAAUUCACGUCGAUGCACCCACAUUGCGGUGGGCUUCGGGGGUGGAGGACCACAGGCCGGGAGAUGAAUAGUGACGGCUUUUUCCGCUCAUCAGAUAGCUCGCCUCACUUUAAGACACACACAUACUUUCUCCAUUUUUGUGUUGAGGGUUGAGGGCUAUGUGUGUGCGCACGUCAGAACAGAGGAAAUGAAAGUGUGAAAUAUUUAGGUUGUGAAAGGAGUAGUUUUUAGUCAGUGUCUAUCCGCUCGCUUCACACUUACAAUGAAGCCGACGAUCUGUCUUCCUUUCUGCGUGACGCUAAUCCUGAUUUGUCUACAUGCAGUAUCAAGCCAACAUUCUUCAAGCUGCUGUUUAAAGACAAAUAACAACAAAAUACCCAUGAGAAGAGUGAAGGAAUAUAGAAUCCAAAAAGCAGGAAUUUGCCCGAUCGAUGCCAUUGUCUUGAUUUCAAUAAAAGGGAAAAAAAUAUGUUCUGAUCCAGAGUCAGACUGGGCCAAAAAUGUCAUGAAGACGGUGGAUAAAAGGAAAACUCGGACAACACAAAACCCAAAAGCCUCGCCGGACCAACGUCAGAAGAAAAAUGGUAGAAAAGGCCGUAAACAGAGGAAAAACAAAAAGACAUAAAUAAAAUAAUAUUUUUAAAGUAUA